CAAUUUUCGCCUUCCAAAAAGCAGGUUGACUAAUUUACAGGUUCAUCUCUCUGCCCAAAGUUUGCCCUUGUGUUUUUAUGAAAACCUGUGACUAAUUACUAUGAUUUACUGAUGAUUAGAGAGCUGAAAAGAGAUUUUGUCAUUACAUUACCACUCGCUGCCAGAACCCGAUUGUGGUUUCCAGGGAAACUGGAAAAUGUGAGUCUUUUCAAUAGAGACAGCCACAGCUUAAAGAGAGAGGAUUGCCGAACACAGAUUCUUCUAGAGACAAACCUGUAGCCACUGCUAUCACUAUCAACAAGGGAGAUUUACCGACCGACGUGGCUCUCGAUCAACGGAGAGAAUUUGCAACGUUUGAUCCCAAAUGUGAGUGCGGGUAAUGGAGAGACUUCAUUCUGACUUGGACUGCUGAGUGCUGUGUCUGUGGCCCUGCAGGUACUUUGACAACUUUAAUGCAGAAGCAAGAUGGGAAGUCUGAAGGAUGAGAUGAGAGGUGUAAGAGAGGACGACAAGCCGUGUGAUAAGACAGAUGAUGGAGAGCCUCCAGAAGGCUCACAUGGCACCGCUGAGCCUGAUGGACCGCCGAUAAACACAAAUCAAGAGUCAACAGCUCCUCAGCCAAAACUCCACAUGAAUGCCAAUAACGCUCAGGAGAGAGAGCAGAAUGGGAAACCCAAAGAGCAAGCACUUCCAGGAGGGUGUUGUGGUAAAGACUCUGCGCAGACGGAAGCCAUCCAUCAGACCCGGCAGCCCGAAGAUGAUGAAACAACGGCAGCACACGACGGCACCACAGCCUCUGUUGAGUUCCUGGAUGACGGAGACGGAGAAGCUCUGGCGGAAGCGACAAUGAAUAAAAGCGCAGGUCAAGACAGAAAAAAAGGGGGAGACGUUGAAAAUGUAUUGGUGCCUGUGCCAGCGACGCCGGGGCCCUCAGACCCACUUUCCCCAGCUCCUUCCGGCCAACACCACAUGCGCACACAGGUCAGCCUGGAGGUGGUCCAGUGUCGCUCUGCGGCCACCAGCCCCAUGACGCCUCCCGAGGGGGCACAAUCCUUCUUCUUCCCAAGCUCCUUCGGGAAGUCCGCGGCUGCGGGAGCCGACACUAAAGACGCAGAGCUACAGGUGGGUCGGCAGGUGGAGUUCUGUUCCGUGGCCACAUCUCCCAUGACCCCAAAGACGCCUUCGGCCACAGCUUUCCCAGAGCUCGUCGGGAGAGAGAGGGCGCAGAAGCAGGAUGGGGCGAAAAAGAGCGAGGUGCAAAGGGAGUGUGGCCACCAAGUGAAGACAAAAAGUCAAGAGGAGACUAAGUCAGAGAUAACUGGAACUUUGAAAUGUGCCACAUCAAAGGAGCACAGCGAGUGCUUCAGCUCAACUGCAUCUCUGAGCAGCUGCUCCAAUGCUGCUGUGUUAACAGUUUCACAAAUGGAGGAUGGUAAUCAGCAGGGUAAGCAACAGAGGAUGGGAAGCAUGGAUCAGGACAUUACAAUCCUGGUAACCCACUAUGGCAACUACGAAGAGGAAGGGGAAGAGAAGGAGUCAUAUUGUCAUACCGUUGAGACAGAGAUGGUCAAAAUAGAUGAGUAUGAGGAACAAAGGGAGAACAGCGGUGAUGCAAAGAGGAGGGAUGGAAACGAGAACAUCUCCACAGAAACUGCUGCCCCUAAUGCACCGGACACCUCCAUCUCAAAGCCUCUACACGGCAAAACGGAAGGAUCUUCUGUUUCUGCUGGCGCCGAAGCGAAAAAUGACCUGAAUUCAAAAAUGAACGAAAACAGAGUUGAGUUGGGAGACGUGCCAAAGCCGAGUGUCCCCGAAUCUCCGGCCCCCUUCGGCUGCCACAACAUCCGCACGCAGGUGAGCCUGGAAGUGGUGCAGUGUCAGUCUGCAGCUACCAGCCCCAUGACCCCUCCUGAGGGCGACCAAGCCUUCUACUUCCCCAGCUCGUUGGGGAGAUGCGCAGGUGUGGAUAUCGAGACUAAAGAUACCGAGCUGCAGGUGGGUCCGCAAGUGGAGUUUCGUUCUGUUGCUACGGCCCCAAUGACCCCGAGAACGCCCACCAUCAUGACUUUUCCUGAGGUCAGGAAGGAUGCCAGAACAGAGGAGAAGAUAGCGGAGGAGGAAGAAGACCCAGAGGAGCAGGUGGCGGAGGACAAAGAGGAGGAGAAAGUAACUGAAAAGAAAGAGGAGGAAGCAGCUGAGGAGGACUCGACUGAGGCAAUAAACUGCAGGGAGAAAGAGGAGGAGGUGGAGGAGCCGGUGCAGGAGGUGAGGUGGGAUGAAAAGGGGAUGACUUGGGAGGUGUACGGGGCAGUGGUGGAAGUGGCCGUGCUGGGCUCAGCCAUCCAGAAACACCUGGAGAAGCAGGUGAAGAAGCAGAAGCCCUCAAUGCCUCCCCCUCCUCCACUCAACCCCUCAGCCGUGCCCCUCUAUCCGGAACCCAAUCAGGGCGGUUCUGGUUCUGGUUCUGGUUCGGCUAAGGGCCGCCCAGGAAAAAGGGGCGAUCGGGAUGGAGAGGUGAGCCGACGCAGAAGAAAUCCUUUCCGUCAGCUGAUGGAGAACAUGCAGCAGCCACAUUGUUGCUCCAGAGCUCACAGUGCUGAGUGAUGCAAGAAAACUACCUCCAUUUGGAGGGGAAUAAAAAAUAUGUAUAUCACAUGAUAUCCUGUAGGCGACAGUGAUCAGUGAUUUACUUGAAUGUUACUGAAUGUGUGAGGAGUAGAUCAGCUCCUCACACGAGACGGAGGAGCACAGAAGUGAAGCAUUGAGUAUCGGCCCAACAAGAUGGGAUUUUUUUUUUCUCUUGGAGUUCCGUGUUUUCGUCUUUUGAAAUGAAGGAGAGACAGUUCUCCUCACUAAAUUUUUCAAAUUUUUCAAUCAGACCACUCGACUGCCCACUGAGUCAUUUUAGCUGUUUGUUGCUUUGCACCUGAAAUGCACCUCAGGCCACAUGAAGCCAUGACAAUCCCUGCUCCUGGGUGCUCACAAGCUUAAACGCAGCUUCGAGUGUGAGAGACGAUAGUGACAGUUUUGGAUUGUAACUCAUGAACUCGUGGUCAGUCAUUGCAACCUGGGCGUCAUUUUGUUGCUUGUGUACUGAAGUUAAAAUGGAGCUUAAUGUUGUUUUGAUGUGUUUGUGUGAGGACUUCCUACCAUUAGUGCAGGCUUUUGUAUGUGUUAUAUUCUGCUUUUGUAUUUGGCACAAUUUUUAUUUAUCUGUAUUGUGGAAAGUAUACAAAUGUUCAAUUAACACGUUAAGCACAAUCAACAGGUGAUAUGAGGGUAUUUUAGUCAUUAGUGACUGUGUAUUGUAAUGCCAUAAUUAGUGAUUCAGUUGUCAAUUAUGUGAUGCAUUAUUUUUCAAUUUCUUUAAUUUAGAGGCUGUUACAGUGUCAGUGACGUUGGUGUAUUAAAUUCAUAAAAGUGGGAUCAAA